AUGCGCUCGCCCCUGCUCACAGCUGUGGGUGCGGGAGCUGGCACCUUUGUGACCCUCACGUUCGUCACGGGCGCGGUCAGCGGCGUGGCGCUGUCAGUCGCCAAGCGCGUCCUGCGGCACCGCAAGAUGGCAGUAGCAACCAAGUGCUCAGUCUGUGACGCCAGCGGCUUCAUGAGCUGCCAAGUAUGCAUGGGCAAGGCCAUCAUUCGCUGCCGGCAGCCCGUGUCGCUCAAGCAGCUGCGGCGGCGAAGCAGGCCGGCGGCGGCGGGCGAGGGAGGGGAGGCAGGCGGCGUGGUGCACUGUGCCUGCCCAGGGUGCGGCACCACGCGGCUGCAGCGCUGCCUCAACUGCCUGGGGGACGGCAAGGCCCAGCCCACACUCGCAAUGGAGGAAGUGCCCACCCCUGGCGCCGAGUUUUACUUCGAAUGCCUGGCCAGGGCACUGGCGGUGCCAGAGGAGGAGCGCAGCCAGGACGUGCGGCAGUGGCUGCGGUGCCACGAUGUGCUGGAGGCCGCCUUUGCCCUGCUCCCGCGAGCCGAGCCAGGCACCACGCUGUCGGCGCCAGCCGCGGCGGGGCCCCGCAUCCAGCUGCAGCUGCAGCCGGUGCUGCUGCACAUGAUCGCCAUGGGCAGCUUGCCCGGCGGGCGGGCAGACCUGGCCCUUGUGGCGCGUGCGCUGCUGCUGGCCUUGGUUGCGCAGCUCCCCGGCCUGGAGCAGUUCCAAGCGGUGUGGCAGCUGCUGGCCCAGGAGCUGGCAGUGACGCUGAAUGCGCGGGCGCCCACGCCGGCCCAGACCGCCGCCAUCGAGCAGUGGGCACGCGGCAUGCUGGCGCUGCAGCCCACGCACCCGCGCAGCCACUACCUGAUGGGCUCCGCGGCCGUGGUGAACAGCAGCGAGGGCGCGCCCUCUUCGCUGCGCGACCCGCAGCUGCACAUGGUGCGCGGCCUGGAGCUGGCUCGUCAGCAGGGCAGCGACCUGUGGAUCGCCUGGUGUGGCUGGAUGGCGGCCAUGGUGGCCACGGCCGACCAGAACCCGGCGGCCAGCCCCUUAAAAGCCCAGCAGAUGUUUGACGAGGCCGACGCGGCCCUGCGGCGCUGCAAGUGCAUCGUGCCCCACCGCUGGCUGACGAAGCUCAGGGAGGAGCAGGCGAUGUGCUCGCCGGUGCUGGCCACCAUCCGCCACCACGUGCGGCGCUCCCCGGCACGCUGGCAGGCCGCCAUCGCCCGGGACGGCCUGGCGGAGCGGAUGCAGCAGGCCCAGCAGGCGCUGGAGCGGCACGAGGGCACGCCCACCUGCGACGCCUGCGGCCUGCCGUCGUCGGGCCUGAAGCGGUGCACCGGCUGCCGGGCCGCCAGGUAUUGCAGCAAGGGGUGCCAAGUGGCGGCGUGGCCGUCCCACAAGGCGGCGUGCAAGGCGGCGCAGCAGGCAGCCGCAGGAAGCUCAGCGGGCGCGGUGAGGAAACAGCGGUUGUUAUGA